AUGACUGGUACCAUGAUUGCUCAGCACGACACACCUUCCUCCUCCACAAGCUCCGUUGCCGCAGGUUCGGCAGAUUCGACCAUGCCGUAUCUCACCAGCCCCGACACCGCGAGAACCAGCCCCGACACCGCGAGAACCAGCCCCGACACCGCCAGCGCCAGCCCCGAUACCAGCAGCAUCGGUCCCUACGUCCCAGGCAGCAUCCCACUGCCAAAGAUCUCGCUUCUGCCACCGGAGAACGGCAAAACGGGUCAGAUUGCCGAUAAAAUCUUGAUGCCGCGCCAGCUCCCACACCUCCCACCGGGACACACGCAAACGGUACCUAUGUACAACAUCAGCUACCCGGACCGGCCAGGGAAGCGGGAGCUUGUGCCGUUCAACGAGAUCUUGCAGCACGUCUCGUUGCGCGAGCUCGAGAGAUGGGAGGACCAAUGCCCGCAUUUGCGCAAGGAACAGAAACAGCAGAAGGCCAAAGCCAGGCGACAAGAGCUGAGAAAGCAGAGGCAAAAGGAGAAAGAGGAGGGACCCAAGACACGGAUGGUCACGCGUGCAACCAGAAAGCGGACGGGCGAAGUCCUGUUGGACAAGCUCAACCCGAGUGUAGGUAAAUAUUGA